AUGCAAGAAGUGGGAGCAUCGUAUAACCAUUAUCGGAGAACCCUACGACAGUUAGCCGAUCGAUGCGAAUUUGAAACUAUUACGGUAGAUCAAAUUUUACGGGACAAGAUUGUUUUCGGAAUUCAGGAUUCAAAGGUACGAGAGAGACUGCUUCGCAAAAAGAAUUUGUCACUGCAGAAAAAUGAUGAAAUUUUCCGGCGCACGAUAUAAUGAUUCAACAUAUGAAAGUUGUUGGAGGUGCCAACAUUAGGGAUACAGAUCCGAACGAUGUAAAUGCCUUUUCUAAAAAGCCUAAAUGAGGGGAAAAGAGGCGUGGUCGAUUCACUAGAGGCGCUGACUCCCGAGUGAAAACGUGGGAUUUUUGUGGCUGCAUGCAUGAUGUGACAAAGCGUGAAAACUGUCCAGCAUUCGGAAAAAAGCGUCAAAGUGUAACAAGAAAAGCAAUUUCGCGAACGUGUGUUUUUGGAUCAGCGCCUAAACCGUCGCAGCGAGGCAGUCGUGUUCAUUAAUCGGGGGAUGAAUUAUCAGACGAAGCUUUUGGCGUGGAGAGACUCUAGAUGAUUCGCAGCUUGUAACAUUAAAAUUGGAGUCAGGAAAUUUUCUUCGUUUUCAGCCGGACACUGGAGCGCAAUGUAACGUGGUCCCUUUGCAUCUGUAUAAGAAAGCGACUAGAGACUUAAACUUAUUUAAUGUGGCCCCAGUAAGCACGGCAAUUAUUUCGUAUGGUGGGACUUCGAUUCCUUUUCUUGGUAAAGUUCGUCUUAGAGUUUGGCGUGGAGAUUUCACACGUCUUCUUGAUUGCAAUCUGGUGGACAGCUAA